GAUUUGUUUACCUCGCGACGACGAAACGGCUGCUACGACGGACCGCGGCCCGGAGUACCCUGCGAAUAGAGAUGAGACUAGAAGACGAAAGGAGGGAUGACAGCGACGACGACGGUGACGACGACGACUUCUUCGAUGCGACAUCGGCCGAUGUAGACAUCGAUGCACCACCGGCAUUUCCGGCGCUCAACAGCGCGCAGCGGUCCUCGAAUGCAGCACCGCCCGCUCCCUCCAAGGGCUUCACGGUCUCGGGCCCAAGUGUCGGUAGCAAGGCGGAAGGAAAAGACCCGUCAAAGAGCUCAUCCCUUCGAGAGGUCCUUGGCGUUCCGGCUAGCAAUCUAAGUCGGCCCACAGGAGGAGGCAGUGGAGGAGGACUGAUGGUGCCGCCGAGCACCAGCUCAAAGACGGCUCCUCCUGGUGUCGGAGGCGCUUCCGGUGCGCGGCUAGGAGGGGGAGGGUCCAUGCUUGGCGUUCCCAAAGAAACUGGCGGUGGUGCGAGAAGAAAGGUUGUGCUGCAGCCCGGCUGCUCGCCACUCGACUGGGCCAGACUAAAGUCGAGUGGAGAUCCUAGCUUACGGGCGUAUGUCAUGGGCAUGCUUCGUGUGAAGCCGUCGGAGCUCAAGCUACACAACAAGCCAGAUGACGCAUGGUCGGCCUUCAAUGGGAAAGUAUAUAAUAUCACCCCUUAUCUCCGCUUCCAUCCUGGCGGCGAAAAGGAGCUGAUGCGAUGCGCCGGAAGAGAUGGCACCCGACUCUUUAUGCUCACCCAUUCAUGGGUCAACAUCGACAGCAUGAUCGAUGCCUGCAUGGUCGGCAUCCUGGUCUCGGAGAAUACAUGACCUUUCCUACAUAGAUACCUAUUUGUACAAUACAGCAGCAGCAUUACAAUUGACUGUCCCGA